UUAAACGGCUUCGCCAGGAUUCUUAGUGUUCUCGCUGUGCUAGACACCUGACAUUUAAAUUGCAACUCGUUUCGGACAAAAUAAGAAAUUUCGACGUGAAGGGCGAUGCAAUGAACUCUACCAGAAGAACUAUGACGAGCUGUGAAAUAAUUUGGAGAGCCCAGAUGUUGCGUGAAGUUGUGUGCGCGCCACUCAUAUACGCCUAUAGAGCCUGAGAACGCGCAUUCUUAUGUCAUGGGCUCCAUUUAUUAUGUGGAUGCAUGCAAAGUUAUCUGGAAUGAACUAGACAUAUGGAUCAUGUAGCAGUCGCUUGAAAGAGGAAUUACGCGUCUGUUGUCUUCGGCACCUGGAAUACCUGCGUGAGGUUACCCAUGUUCACAUAGGACGUUUUUUAAUUGUUGUUUUUAAAUUUAAUUGUUAUUAUUAUAGCUUUUUUGCUUCUAAGAUGGAGAAAGGAAAAUAUGCUUUAUGUAAUCGUGUGUGAAACUCACAGCCGUCUGGGUAGAUCGUCUGAGAAGGGGAUGAGAUUUCAGUCCUAAUUCACAGGAUCCUCUGGAUUUUUCGCAAAGAAUUGGAAUGAUAUCUGGCUAAUUUUUAGCAGACAAUCCAGUCUUGUUUAUUUAUUAUUCCCAGUAAUUGCGUUACCGUCGAACAGCUCGUUUAACUGAAUACUCGAGAUGGCUGCGAUCGCCAGUUCUCUGAUCCGACAAAAACGGCAGGCGCGGGAAUCCAACAGCGAUCGGGUAUCUGCCUCCAAACGCCGCCCCAGUCCCAGCAAAGACCCCCGCUCUCUCUGCGAGCGACAUUUCCUGGGGGUCUUCAGUAAAGUCCGCUUCUGCAGCGGCAAGAAAAGACCUGUUCGCCGGCGACCAGAUGCACCCUCGAAACCUCCACAGGUGUCCCGUAAGGGCGUCAGGCUAGACCCGCAGCUGAAAGGCAUUGUGACACGACUGUUCAGCCAGCAGGGUUUUUACCUGCAGAUGCAGCCAGAUGGAACCAUCGAUGGCAUCAAGGAUGAGAACAGCGACUACACUCUUUUCAAUCUCAUCCCUGUCGGCUUAAGGGUGGUGGCCAUUCAGGGAGUUAAAGCAGGUUUCUACAUCGGCAUGAAUGCAGAGGGCUUCCUCUACAGCUCACUCCAGUCCUUCUGGCUCCCUUGGAUCCAAUUGAGAAUUGAUUGGGGGAGGGAAAUUUCAUAUUCAUUGGAUCAUCAAAUCCCAAAACACCCUCUCUUGGAAUUUCCCAAAUAA